AUGGUCCGGUUCGAGGUCGUCGACCGGCUGCUGCCGCUGCUCGAGCGCGCGGCGCGCGACGGCCGGACGCCGCUGGACGUUCAGGACGUGCUCGAGCCCUUCGCGUUUGACAACAUCUGCUGCGUCGCCUUCGACCACGACCCGGCGUGCCUCGCCGAGGACGAGGUGGGCAUGGCCGCGCCGCAGAGCGCCGAGUUCAUGCGCGCCUUCAACGACGUGCAGGACGCCGUGAUGGCCCGGUUCAUGGCUCCGGCCAGAUCUCUGUGGCGCGUCAAGAGGCUGCUCAGCCUGGAACCCGAGAGGCGGCUGCGGGAGGCGCUCGCCACGGUCUGUGUCUACGCCGACCGGAUCGUCCGGAACAGAGGGGAGGCAGGGCACGACUUCUUGUGGCGCUCCGCCGCGAGCGGCGAGCACAGCGACGAGGGCCUUCUCGACGUGGUCACCAACUUCAUUAUGGCCGGUCGGGACACGACGUCGUCGGCGCUGACCUGGUUCUUCUGGCUCGUCUCUGGCCGGCCGGACGUAGAGGACAAGAUCGUGGGCGAGAUCCGCACGGUGCGCACGACUAGCCAGGGCAUCACCACGGGCGCCGCGACCUUCAGCUUCGACGAGCUGCGCCAUCACCGAGUCCAUGCGGCUGUACCCGCCGGUGCCCAUGGACUCGCGCCACUGCGAGCAGGAAGACUUCCUGUCGGACGGCACGUUCGUCGGGGAAGGGUGGCAGGCGUCCUAUUCGGCUUUCGCGAUGGCGCGGGUGGAGGGCAUAUGGGGCAGUGA